UACCUAUCAUACCUACCAGUUCUCACUUGUUUUCGCACUAGUGAACCUCGUGUAUCAUGUGAUUAUGUGAACAAGAACAACAAAGUCAGGAAUCAACACUCGGUAGUUUCGGAUGACGCGAUGACGUUGCAUUGGUGGAGUCAUUGGUUCUGGGUUACAGCAAAUGUUGUUCUAAUCCUGGCGAAUCCUCUACCACCUAUCACCGAAGAGCCUCAAAUCCCCGAUCAGAAUCAAAUGUCCAACACAGCUCCACCUUCAAACUCCACAGUAAUUAAGAAAUUAGACGCCCACUUAAAGACCGAGCUAGCACAGCAAGAAAAUUUCAGAAUUGCGAAAGCCAUUGGUGUUGAUCCCGCCUCAAAUACCGCGGAUGUGGCUUCCGGUAGACAACCGGAAACACCACCCGAGGAGACUCUUGAAAAUUCGAAAACAAAGUCAAAAAGCAUUCCGGAAAGUGUCGGCCUAGGUGUCCUCGGGGAUAAAACAAGUAGCUCUAAUGACAAAGCUCAGAUAAGCAAAAUGCCGGCAACCAAAAAAGACUCGAAAGUCUCACGGAUGCCGCCGACUACUAAUAAGACCAGCAGGACAAAAUAUGAUGAAAAAUUGUCGGAUGUCUUUCGAAAUUUGAGUACGAGCGAGUAUGAGAGUCUGACUGUUAUGCCUUUGCAAGAGGAAGCCUCCAGGUUUAAACUAGUCGUUAAUAGAAGUACUUCGUCAUCUCCGGGUGAAGGAAAGACGAGAACUUUUAAUGCUUCGGCAGAUUUGGUAAUCGAGGAGGAUUUCACGGAGCCGCAAAUAAUUGCCACUGCUGCUUCCAUGCUUGAAGCUGAAUUGAGUGAAUCGACGAGGCUCAGUAGAGCCAGGAGUUCCUUCAAGAGUGAUUUUCAAAGAGAUCAAAAGGAAGAAGAAAUUCUCGACUCGGAAUCUAGUGAUAAGGGAAUAGAGGGUAGUACAGAGGAGAGCAGUAUCUCUCCUUCUGUUGCGGACAUUGCAAUCAUCACUGGAAGUUGUCUGGCCAGUCUUGCACUUCUCAGCACAGUAGCGACAGUAGGAUUUAUUAUGUACAGGAAGAGGUAUCUGAACCCACCACAAAGCCUAAACAGCGACAAGUGCAGCAAUCCUGACAGCUCUGGUUACAUUGACGAUUCUACUAUUAGGGAUAAUUCCGAAGAAAUGUACAGCUUAGACAACGAUUCGUUCCUAAAUUCAUUGGAGGCGAUGACAAUACAAAAUUACUGGACCGAUAGUGUGAAGCACACGAAACUUUGACACAGUGGCAGAAUGGUCCCUCGAUGAUGCGAAAUGAAAAAAGGCGUUAUCGGAACCAUUUUCGGGGGAGAGACGAAAAAGAAACGCUUUCAUAAAGAGUACUUAAGCGUUCACGAACGCCUAUUUAUUAUACUGAAUUAUUACCUGACGAGAAGCCUAGUUAUAAGUAUUAAUGAGCACAUCACGAUUGCUAAAGGAUUGAAUUGCGCAAACAUUUCUUCAGAAGUCAAUGAAUUUUUCGAGAUUUGAAGACAUUUCUGCGAAUUUUCUCAAUUUUUUUUUUAAUUUCGGGAAUUUCCAAUCACAGUAGCAGUCCUCACAUUUUUCUCAAUUUAAAAAUUUGAUGGAUUAUUAUUGAAAUGCGUGAGAAGAGUGGACGAGGAACGAUAAUUCUCGAGAACAACAUGGAUCCUAGUAUUAACGAACUAGUGCAAUAAAUCAAUGAUUGUUAACACUCCCUAGGAAUUUAAGUACAAAUAAGACUUUUUAGUCGAUAGGUAGGCGAAACCUAGAAGUAUUCAGUAAUUAAAUAAUGGAAAAGUGCAGAAAUUUCCAAUUGAAGAGUUGGAAUUUGCGCUUGUAUUUACGUAUUAUUUAAAUAUCGCUUUGCGAUUCACAUCCCAAUGACGUAAUUUGUCACUACCAGUUUAGAGUUCUUCAAUGACCAAGAGUUUAGAUUGAGCAAAUGCUCUCGAGAAUAUGCUCAGCAUUUUAGCAUUUAUUGUUUAAACAAAAAUAUAUCGUAAUUACUACAUAUAUUUUUAGGAAAACAUUCUAGAGGACAAUAAAUAUAUACUUUUUUUUUUAUUUCAGCAUUGCUACAGAUUGGGUAAUUACAGAAAAUUAGGAAAUGUCAGGGAAAAUCUGAUAGAGUUAAGGAAUUUUCUAAAAACUAAAGUUGAAGUCAAUUUUAUUAUUGUGGUUACUAAUCGUAAACUAUUUGCGUGGAAAUUAAUCUCUUUUGGUUGAGGAUUCAAACUAUUUUGUUGAAAAUUAAUCUUUUUUUGGUUUAAUAUA